UCAAAGUCAUUGCAACCUUCCACACAAAGGGAAGCUCUAUUGAUAAGAAGCUAUCUAUUGGGUAGCUACAUCGAUCUAAAGUUACUACCGAGAAGAAGAAGCUACUAUUGAGAAGUUACAUAUUCAGAAGCUACUGAGCAGAGUCUACUAUUGGGAAGCUAUCUACAGCGAUCUUAUAUUGAUUUUUGACUGUUCUGUUAUUCAUGGCCUAAUUGCAGCUCUUGAGGACUUGUUGUUUAUAUGUGUAGCUGCUGUUGCUAUUGCUGCUGCUCGGCCAGCUCUGUGGCAAAGAGCAGUCGCCAUCAGUGCCAGGAGCUGCCGCUGAAGGAGCUAACCAUCACCGUCCAGCCGCACAACAGCAGCUCAAACAAUCUGAGCUCCAAUUUGAGUCUGGUCGAGCGGCCCAACAUUAUCGGCAGCUGGAGCUGCGACGAGGAGUUCGAGUACUACAAUGUGGAUGAUUUUGAAAGUCGCACGCCGACCAUGUGGCGUGCCUGGUGGCUCCAAGGCGCCAGCGAGUCGUCGCCAACUUCUAUACGCACUUGAGCUCACACUCGGCCAGCAGUUUCUGUGUCUGCGCGUGUCUGUGUGUGUGAGCGUGGGCGUGGGCGUGUAUGUGUAAUGCAACGGGAUCAAAAUCUUAGCGAAAUAAAACUAAUCGAGCCCCCACACACCUGCAUCGACUGC